AAAACGAGGCAACUAGGUCAUAUGCGAAAAAAUAAACAGUGGAGGGAAACUCUGGCGAUGAUCAUUAUGUCUUAGUUGAUUUCGAAUUUUUUGAUUCGUACAAUUUAGUUUCAUAAUGAGUAUGUUAAACCAAGCUGCCGUGGAAGCCCUUUGUUCGGCAACGUAUUUGGAAAACUACCUCGAUACCAUGGAAAACCUACCUAACGAUCUACAGCGAGUCGUUACACAAAUGCGCGAGUUGGACAUCCAAUGCAGAGAUAUCAUGCAAGAUAUUGAAUAUCACCAGGAUAUUUACUCUAAGGAGGUGGAAGGCGUUACCAAAAAGAAGGCAUUGAUGUCUAUUCAAAGGGCACUGAUAAGGUGUCAAGAGAUAGGGGAUGAAAAACUGGGACUUAUGGCAGUUAUAGCAGAUCAUAUUGAAAACAGACAGCGGCAGCUGGAGCAAGAUAGAGAAAACUUGGAUCCAACAUCAUCAAGAGAAAUUGAAAGAGAAGAGCAACCACUUACCAUAGUGACUCAAUCAAGACCUGUGAAGACAGAAGAAAAGGUAGACAAAGUGCCGAUGAAACGACAACGGCGACAGAAGACAACAAGUGAAUCUAUAACCAAGGAGGAAGAAAAGAAGGAAAUGAUCCCUGACAAAGGCCCAAAGAAGAAAAAGAAAAGAAAGGCGUCAAAGAAAGAGCAAGCACCUGCCAGUCCUAUUGAACCUCCCAUUGAUCCUGAUGAACCUAUCUACUGCCUGUGUCAGCAAGUGUCCUAUGGAGAAAUGAUAGGCUGUGACAAUGAUGUUUGUGAUAUUGAAUGGUUUCACUUCAAUUGUGUUGGACUUGUGAACAAGCCAAAAGGAAAGUGGUUCUGUCCAAACUGCCGGGGAGAGAACAGUAAAGUGAUGAGAAAAUUUGACAAGUGAUUAAAUUAGGUUCUUGGAAUGAAAUGUGUUUCAAUAUUAAUUUUGAAGUCAUGAAAUGUCCUUAUUUAAGAAAAAGAAAUCAGUAUAUUGUUAAAUUCAUUCAUGCAGUUAUGGAAAGAAGGUAUCUAAUACCACAACUGAGAGAUUUAUGUUCUGUUUUCUAUCCCUGCCAUAUUUAAAGAAUUCUAUAUACACAAAAUGUAUAUGUAAGAAAAACCAUAAUUGUGAAUUUUUUUCAUUCCUCCGUGUUUAAUAUUCAUGUACCUUUUAUUGCAUGGUCUGGUUCAAUAUUCUGUACAGAAAUUUUUAAAAGAUCUAUGUAAAAAUUUGGUGGUAAAAAAAAAAACCAAAAAAUGUUUUAAUUGCAAAGUAAAAGGUGCUAAUACAAGAAACAAGUAUGUACCUAGUAUACUGGUGUUUUCAAGUAAUUAAAUAAAACACUUUUAAUAAAAAUCAAAUUCUAUACGUUACUGAUAUUAAAAAAGGAAUAUUUAUGUGGGUAGCUGAAACUGAAAGAUUAGUGCUACGUUUUAGAUUUCCUUUAAGCUUUUCAACAAAUGAAAUUGUUAUCUAAAGCUAUGAAUUCUUUUAACAGAUUGUAUGUAAAAUAUAUAUAUAUCAUUGAAGUACAGCAGAUAUGGAAACAUCUCUAUAAACAAUUUAAUGUUAUUACAAGAACAAAUGAAAGAUCAUCUUCAGUUUAUAGUAUAAUGCACUUUUACUGAUGUAUUAAAAACAAAAAAUAAAAGUAUGGUAUAUUCCUACAGAACUUUAAUGAUUCUAUGAAAUAUAGUAUAUGUUUUACUAUGUCAAUGUGUUCAGUUAGAAUAGUUUUACAAAUAUAUAUAAAUAAAAAUAUUGUUUCACACA